GUCUCGGUGAAGAAGUUGCUGAACGGAACAGACGACGAAGGUCGUCGUACCUGAAGGCACCUACGACUUCACACGCGCAGUACAAUCGUCAGCAAUGAUCGUCAUCAGGAGGGACUGCUGUUUGACCUGUAACCGCCUCGUGGAGCGUUCUAUAAUUCUGUCUGGAGAAAUGCUGUCGUUUAGUCAGGAACAGGGGCGUCACCAGAUUCGCAUUCUGGGCGUGGACGGAGGCCAUCAGGGCUGCCGAAAAUAUACAGGAGGAGGGCUUUACAAGCGACAAUCGUUAUUCAACGCGCUCUGGCUGCAUUCCGCUGUCAGACAGAUUCGAACACGGCUACUGUACGGUGUUUGAUCGUCGUCAUUCGUGCAGAGUAUCUUCGCUUCCUCAGCUUGGCCUCUCAAAGCUUUGCUUCCUCCCUCCGCACGAGUCGCAUCCGUCAGCAUCGU